GGGAGAAGGGGGCUUGGGAGAGGGACUCCGGGGCCCUGGUGUGUGUCACGGGGAGUGAGAGGAGGCCCCGAGGGGUAUAGAGAGGAACAGCAGAGAUGUCAGUGGCUUAUACCUACGGGCUGGGGAGAGAGAGGGACCCUUGGGUGGAGAUGUAGCAGGUGGCAAAGUUCAUGGGCCGUGGGCUACGUAGAAGGCCGGCAGUUGAGGCGUCGGUAGGCGUACCUGAAAUUUCGAGGACAGGUUAGGUAAUGGGAGAGGAAGUUGAAACCUUAAGGUGCUAAAUGUAGGAACAGAAUAGAGGAGCCCUGGGUGAAAAGUGGGGAAUUGGGUUAGUGGGGCUCCGGGGAUGUACCUAGAGAGGAAAUUAAGAGAGGCUACAGCCGUAUCCAGAGAUGGGAGGCCUUCCAGGGAACCUAGUGGGGAUGGACAUCUAGGAGGGUCUGGAGGCCAAAGAAAGGCUGCUGCGGUGGUCCUGGGGGGAGAGGAUGCAACCUGAGCUGGGCUGGGAAGAAGAGGAAGCGACCCAUGAGAGAAAUUCUGGAGCUGCCGCUCCAGAUGCUGCUGCUGCCGCCGCGGCCACCCCACCCUCGGUCCUCCUCUCCGGAGACCAUGGACCCGCCGCCCCCCAAGGCUCCCCCUUUCCCCAAGACGGAAGGUCCUUCCUCCGCUCCUUCCUCGGCGGCGGGGCCCCGACCCCCGCGGCUGGGGCGCCACCUGCUCAUCGACGCCAACGGGGUCCCCUACACGUACACGGUGCAGUUGGAGGAGGAGCCCCGGGGCCCGCCACAGCGCGAGGCACCGCCGGGAGAGCCAGGCCCUCGCAAGGGCUACAGCUGCCCUGAGUGCGCCCGGGUCUUUGCCAGUCCUCUGCGGCUGCAGAGCCACCGCGUGUCGCACUCGGACCUCAAGCCCUUCACGUGCGGCGCCUGCGGCAAGGCCUUCAAGCGUUCCAGCCACCUGUCGCGGCACCGUGCCACGCACCGUGCCCGCGCCGGCCCACCGCACACCUGCCCGCUCUGCCCACGCCGUUUCCAGGACGCAGCGGAGCUGGCGCAGCACGUGCGCCUCCACUAAGUUCCAGACCCGGCCUGUGCUGCCCGGCCCCUUUCUGGGCCACCACGUCUGACCCACACAGCGUCACUCCCACACACAUUCCCUUACUCCGCUGAGGUUACUGCCUUACCCUGGGCCUCAGUUUCCCCAACUAUCUAAAGGGAGAAACAUUCCUUCCUUCCCUCCCUCUCUAGCUGUGUGAUGUAGACCAAGUCGUUGCCCCUCCCAGUGCCUGGGAGCCAGUCGGAGCCCAGUUUCCGCCCAGCUGUGCUGUGUGAGCCUUUGCAAGCGGCGUAACCUCUCUGAGCCCUGGUUGUCUGCUCCGAAGUGGUGAACGGUUGUUGUCUGCGUGGAAGAUUUGACAAAAGAGCACGGGCACGGUCUGGCUUAUUUCUGUGUCGCCCCAUUUCCACCCACCACCCUCACCCUUUACUCAAUAAACAUUCCGCACUCCA